GUUUUAGUGAAAUUGUCAAACGGCCAUCAUUUUUGGUGGCGGUUUUUAUUAAUAGCCGCCGCCUAUGAAAGCUGAUCUAACCCGGGAAGUUGGGCAUAGCUGGGCUACAUCCUACCCUGCAAACAGUGCGUGGACACAGCUAGGCACAGACGAGAAAAUCACACCAAAACAGAUCCACAGAGUAGUAGCCCAGGGUAAUCCCACUAAAGUGUGGGACUAAACAAUAGAUUGGUGGGUUGAAUAACUCAAGAUUGAAGUCACUGUGUUUUUUUAAAUGCCACUGACUCACCGCAGGCUGGCACCAGCACAAGGUGCACAUUAGGGAUGUGUCCACACAUUCCCACAAGACCAAAUAAAGCUGAGCUGAGAUGAAAGUUAAUUUUCCCAAAUGAGUACGUGGAAGUGUUUACUUGCAUGGCAAACACACGACAACAGUCAUUUGUAUGUGCAUCAUCAUUAACAGGCUGACAAACACACCGUGAGCUGUUGAAGCAUCCAUUGGUAAACGUUGUGUGCUCUCUCGGUCUCUGUCAGGUGUCAUUUUAUUCUCCUCCGCUUCUCUCCGUCCUCAUAAUUCUUGCCAUCUGUCUGGUCCUCUUCCGAGCUAUAUCUGGAGAGUGGCUCAUGUAAUCUCUUGUGGAAUUAAAACAUAAAUCACACAGUAAUCUCUUAAAUGCAUAUCAUUUUCAGGCAUUGCUGUGGACACCACUGCUUCACAUACCACAGAGCAUGCCAUGGCAUUUUAAUUUUGUUAUUUAAUUUUGCAGCAAAUUUCCUUUCUGUGCAUGCUCAGGCGUAAGCGGUUCACAAAAUAUAUCUGAAUGCAAAGAGCUUCAAAAUCUACCCCCGUGUCUAGUUUCACAUUAAUGUCACAGCAACAGGCCACCAUUUCUUCCCCCCAGCUGAUAAGGAAAAGCUAUAAUCCUCUUUGCCAUCAAACGCACAGCCCUUAAGGCAUAUUUCUCUCAACACUGACACAAAAUAUGUCAUAACAAGAAUACCUCAGUGAGCUCUCAGUUACUGCACAUGUCCUUUAAACUCUUUUAUUACACAUUCAAAGUAAAUUCAUCUUACAGGUGGCCUGUCACCCACAUACUAAUCUCAGAUGACCCAGUGGGGUUUGUCCUGUUUAUUGCUUGCAGCUCAGUGACACGUUAUUCUAGCCUGACCCUAAUCCCACAGAGACUCUUUGUGUGCACGUCCACCCCAGGAUACUCCUUCUCGUUGUUUUGCCUGAGAGGCUUUGUUGCAGUACUAAUCUGCAGUCUACAGGUGCAUACAUCCUAACAAAAGGCAGAAGUUUUUGCCCCAUUGCCACUCAAAACAGUCCACUUAACCUCCCCUCAAAGAAAUCAUUUAAUUCUUCAUCAUCCACUUAUUUUUGUUUGUGCAAUCGUGCGCACCAUGUGGUAAAAUAAUGUUUUUUGUGUGUGUGUGCAAAAGAAUUAUUGAGCAUUUUCGAUUUUGCCUAUGGUGAUGUCAAGUUGUAAUCAGUCAGUUUGUCUAACACAUAUUGGAUUGAUUGUAAUGACCAAUAAUUGUUUCCGGAGGAUGAACACCUUUGGUGAUCCCCUCACAUUUUCACUGACACUACACAGUUCACCUUUUAGGCUUUGAACUUAGUGCCUGACCAAUAUAUUUGUGGGGCGAUGGACCAGCCGAUAUGCUCUAUUCUUCAAUAUAUUGAUCCUAGUAUUUAUUAUAUCAGAAAAAUACACAUUUUAAAAGUGUCACGGUCGUGGUAGUGUCCUCCAAUCUCUUUGGCUGUUGCUGUGGGUUUAUGGCAGGCUUUAGUUUCUCUUAAAAAUAUCUUCUAUAGUAAAUACCAACAGAACAGUGUGUACUCCAAUUUUUUCUCUGUUGUCUCCCUGACACACAAAAUCUUGCACUCUAAAAACAAUCCCACCACAAACACUGCAAGGUGGGAACCAAAAUUACUUUGCAAUAGGUAUGUUGAGAUAAAUAGUAAUUAAUAAACUUAAUAAUGAAAAACCAUAAAAUUGUAUUAUAAAACCUGAUGUGUAUUAUAAAUCAACAGCAUAAGUUACACAAAUGGCAUGUGACCAAAAAUAAAUGCUAGUGGAGUAACUAUGGUUACAAAGGCAAAGAAGAGAGGGAAGAAACACCGCUCAUCCGUGUUAUGAGUGGUUAUGUUGCAUAGUUUGUCCACCAGAGGGCACUUUGCACUUUCCUGUUGGUACCUGAGCUGAGCAUAAACAAGUAAUACACUAACAAGAUUAUUUUUACACUGUGUUGUCAUAUCAUCUUAACAAGAACUCAUAAGUAACUGCACAUAAUAAAUGUUGGAGAGAUCUAUUUAUGUUUCACGUGUUGGAAAGAAGAAAAUAAUUGCUGAUAUAUUGGAUUUCUAAACUGUCAAAUAUUGGUGUCAGUUUUAAAAAUCUUUCUCUAGCUCUGGUCCUAACAAUUGCCAUUAAAAGAUGAACUCCAUUAAUUGUUAGCAUCCUGUAACUGUAACCUAGGAACAUUGUACUCAUGAGCAAACACAUGCAAAACUAAUGACACUCCUGGGAGCCUCAGCUGUGCAUUGUCUUUAGAGCUACUCAGCAAACGCCCCACUGAGAUAGUGAACAGCUGCUAUUUUGCAGCAAAGAGUCGGUAAGAGGAGAAUACACUUGUAUUAAUGGCCUUGGAGGACUGUGUGCUACCCAUACUUUUGUUAAAUCAAAUAUUCUGCAUGUUAGUUUAAGUUUAUGACAGUUGAGAUCAUACUUGCAAAUUAUGUGAUCAGCAAACUGCUCUGUUAUGAUUAACUGACAGCAACAUCUGCUACAGUGUCUGCUGUGUACUUUAACAUGGCUUUCUCGUGCAUUAUCUCAGCAAUGUUUUGUUAACCUUGACUCUCAUACAACAUGAAAGUUACCAUGAAGUUGCUUCCUGCUCUCUCAUCCUAUUAAAUACAUACAAACACAGCCUAGUUGCGUCCUUCCUGCCGCUUGGAAAGAUUUUUUCCUAAUCCUUGCAUGUGAUUGGUCGGUGAUGUGAUCUGGACACCUCGGCCAAUGGCAGCACUCAGAUUAAGAAGGAAGUCAAUCCAAUAGAGUUUUUACCUUCUCUCUACAAAUCUCACUGAUCCAGGAAUAGAAAACACAGACGGUAUGCUGCAGCAGCCUGACUGUUGGAUGUCAGUUUCACUGCAUCCAGUAUCUUGUUUUUCUUUCUGGAUUAUCAAACAAUUUUUAACUUGUAGAGACUAAACUCUUCUGCGAUUCAAGCAGGAAGGCUCAAAUAACAGAGAUGCCGUCCCCAUUCGGAUCAAGCCAAGGGCAUGAGAAGAAGAUUGGCCACAGGAGGGUCGAUGCCUCUGGAGAGACGACUUACAAGAAGACAACCUCCUCUGCUUUGAAAGGUGCCAUCCAGUUGGGUAUCGGAUAUACUGUUGGCAACCUCAGCUCCAAGCCCGAGAGAGAUGUGCUCAUGCAGGACUUCUACGUGGUUGAAAGCAUCUUCUUCCCCAGCGAAGGCAGUAACCUCACACCAGCCCACCACUUCCCAGACUUCAGGUUUAAAACCUACGCCCCUGUGGCCUUCCGCUACUUCAGAGAGCUUUUUGGGAUCCGACCGGAUGAUUACCUGUAUUCUCUGUGUAAUGAGCCACUGAUUGAGCUGUCAAAUCCAGGAGCUAGUGGCUCAAUUUUCUACGUGACCCGUGAUGAUGAGUUUAUCAUCAAAACUGUGCUGCACAAAGAGGCUGAGUUUCUGCAGAAAUUGCUCCCUGGAUACUACAUGAACUUGAACCAGAACCCCCGGACUUUACUGCCAAAGUUUUUUGGCCUCUACUGUGUCCAGUGUGGAGGAAAGAACAUCAGAGUGGUUGUGAUGAACAAUAUUCUACCACGCUCCGUGCGCAUGCACCUCAAGUUCGACUUAAAGGGCUCAACAUACAAGCGGCGAGCAUCCAAGAAGGAAAGAGAGAAGUCCAAACCCACUUUUAAAGACCUGGACUUUCUGAGUGAUAUUCCUGAAGGCCUCACACUGGACCAGGACACAUACGGCGCUCUGGUCAAAACGCUGCAAAGAGACUGCCUGGUUCUGGAGAGUUUUAAGAUUAUGGACUACAGUUUGCUGCUUGGGGUCCACAACAAGACCCAAGCAGAGAGAGAGCGUCAGUCUCAGGGCUCACCCAUCAAAGGAGGGGAUGAAAAGAGGCCCGCAGGGCAGAGAUCCUUGUAUUCCAGUGCCAUGGAGUCAAUACAGGGAGGCUCCACAUGCAGGGACACUCUGGAGCAGGAUGACACUAUGGGUGGCAUUCCAGCUAUGGGUGCUAAAGGGGAGCGCCUCCUGCUGUUCAUUGGAAUCAUUGACAUUCUGCAGUCCUACAGGCUGAUCAAGAAACUGGAGCAUUCCUGGAAGUCCCUCAUCCAUGAUGGAGACACUGUGUCGGUUCACAGACCGAGCUUCUAUGCUGAGAGGUUCUACAAGUUCUGUAGCACAGUUGUGUUCAAGAAGAGUUGCUCACUGCGAUCGUCUCCAUCCAAGAGAGGACGAGGGGUUCUAAUGUCCAAGUCCAGUGCAGGAGCCAGCUCGACGGGGCAGCGUCCUUCACUGACUGAUGACAGGCCAGAAAACUUGGACAACUUGGAGAACCUAAGAGGAGCUCGCAGUUUCCCCAUGCUGGAGGACAAUGGGAAGGAACCGCCCUGCACCCCUCCUUCAUUUGAAGAUGCCACCACAGCAUCUAUCGCUACCACUCUGUCAUCAAACAACUCCCUACCCACCACCCCAUUCGAUACACCUGAGCACCCUCGCUACAGGAGGCAAAUGCUUUCACCAAACAUUUCCAGGUCACAAAAAGAGAUAGUUGAGGUUCACGGUGAACGCCAGGACACCAUAACAGUGGAGGUGGAGCUCAGUAAAAUCCCAAAGAGCACGGAGCUCACACAGAUGACAGAAAUCCCCACAUCCAGCCAUCCAGCAGCUGAUCCUCUGCUUCCUGUCACUGCAUCAUCUAUGUCAUCCACUCCUCCUUCUGUUAACCCCUGCUCUCAGUAUUCAUCACCCAGCCUUCCUCCUUCCUUUGUGUCCUCCUCCUCCACCACCUCUCAGUGCAGCGGGUAUUCAUCCUCCACACUUACUUCAUCAAUCCGUCCGUCCACCAAGCCACUCACAUCUCCUGCUUCUGCUCAGUCUUUAAGCCUUUCUUCUCCAGUCUGUCAUUCUGCUGCACGAUCCACAGGUCCAAACAGCUCCACCCUUCCUCCUGCAUCAGCAUUCACCCCCAUCUGUCCGGCAUCCUCUCACUCCUACUCCCACAACUCCUCUCACCACCUGCCAUCGACGCCCCCCUCCUCUGUCCCUCAAAGCCCCCAGGUGUGUCAGCAGUCACCACGUACGUCGCGCAAUCAGCUGUCUGUCUCCAGCAGCCACAACUCACUGGAUGGGGAGGUGCAGGUUUCCGACAUAUACUUUUAUGCAGAUGGCAGAUAUUGGGUGUACUCUCCAGUUCUUGGCCGUCGUAAGCUAAACUCUAGUUCAAGUUACAAUCAGACUCAGGAGGAUCGGAGCUGGGCGUACUCUCCUCUGCACUGCAGCUCAGAGUCCAGACGGGGCUCAGAUGGGGAGAGUGAACCAUAACUCACAGAGGAGGCAGCAUCGGCGGGUGCAGCCAGAGGUCAUCUGUGAGACUUUAAUGAUGAAACCACCAGGACGCUACGAAGAGUUCACGCUGAUUGGCCAAGCUGCAUGUGAGAGCUUGCUUUGCCAAUAAAAACCAAAGGAGUGAACUUUUUUGGAAGUAUUUAGCUGAGCUGAAGAAACAAUCAAAAAUCUUACAGUAUUAUAGGCAACAUUUUAAAGCAUCAGCUCCAGGACAAUCUUACUGAUAUCAAGUGGAGGUAUCACGCUGGCACUGUGAAUGCUUUCAGUGUUAUAAAAACGGGGCUCUCUGUGCAACAAACACAACAUGAUAAAUUUUAGAGUUGAUCCCAAAGUUUCCAGAGAUACCAAACCUUCACGUGCUUAUUUUCUGCCUCUUAUCCAGAAUCAGGUUGCCGGCUGGAGGCAGGCGAAGCAACAUAGUCCAGAUAUCACUCUCUCCAGCUCUGGCUAUGCAAUAUGGACAUACUGUACGUGGUACUUCUUUGUUUUUGACUCUACCCGAUUUUACAACUUCAUGCUUUAUUUGUGUGUCCAUUUGUCUUUUUCACUAGAGGCAUGUCAAAGCUGUGUGUAACUUUAUUCCUAGCACUUUAUCGGUGUACCAGUGGCUAAAGUCUUUUUAUUAUAAUUAUGUGUGUUUUAUUAUCUCGUCGUCAGCUGUUGGUCCAAAACACACUCAAACACAGUUGAUGUUGUGGGUGUCGUGCGUGCAGUGUUCUCUCUCUUCCAGUCCACUCGACAAACUCUGAUCUCACGAUGAAAGCUUUGUUUACAUUGCCUUACUGAUUUUAACUAAGGUAUAAUCGUAACAGUUGUUUAUUCAUAUUUUCUGAUAAUAUGUAACGAACACAAACUCUUAAAUCCAUAUGCGACUGUGAGAAACUGCAUUUUAUAGCAGUUUAAACAAGAAAUCGGCCAAGCACUUACUCGUUUUCCAUAUUCAAAGAGGUCAAGAGAGGGGAAAAAAUGAAAAAAGGUAUUUUGUAAAUUGCUGAUAAUCUGUGUGUGCUGUACCACAUGCAUCUGUGCCCUUAUGUCUCUGUCUGUGCAUGUGUUUGCAUGCGUAUAACAUGUGACUGGGAAACGAAUAUUUUUUGUUUGUCAAAAAGUUGCUAUCGCUGUUCAAGGCCAUGAAAGUCCGAAGCAGCUGCACGCCUGCUGGCUACACGAGAAGAGUCGAAUCGGCCGAGUCUUCAGCCACCCCAGAUUAAUCAAGAUUUACCAAAUUAAACAAAGUACGAACUGAAGCAUCCAAGAAAAGGCACGCCGUACUAUCCUUCUUCCACACACUGUGAUGCUUGCUAAAGCAAGUUUGUCCCCCUGACUGUGUCCAUAAGCAGCACUGCACCACAUCACUGUAUUAUUUGAAGUUAACCUGCCUCGUUGUAGGUGACGGUGUUUGUAGCUGAUCACUGUGUAAAAUAUAAUUAAAUUAUAUUGUGUAA